AUGGCAGGGUCGGCGGUGACAAAGUUGAAGAUGGAAAAGAAAGAGUCGCUGGGCAUCGCGGAGGGGAGGGGGGGGGCGCGCGGUCCGGAGAACGUAUGGGGGUCUGCCGCCACAGGCCCCCUUCGAAUCGGAUACGUGGCCUCCCUGGCCACAAAGCUUUCAGACACCUUCGCCAGCGAGGUUGGCAAGGCGUACGGCAAGCACACCUUCCUCAUCACGACCUUUAAGCCUGUGCCCCCCGGCACUGAGGGGGCCGUGAGUCUCGAAGGAACUUUGGCAGGAGUGGUCGGGUCCGUCAUCAUUUCGGGGUUCGCGGCGACAGCAGGGGUGGUCACAGCAAAGGCGCUUCCCGCGUGUCUGAUCGCGGCGUUCGUUGCCACCAACUUCGAGAGCGUACUCGGCGCCACGACUCAGGGGAAGGUUCCUUGGCUUACCAAUGAGGUGGUCAACUUCGUCAACACGGUCGUCGGAGCCGCUGUGGGGGUGGGCCUUGGUCUGGCAUGCGGGGUGUAGCCUGACCUUUAACCUAAACCCCUGUAGAAGUAUUUUGCGCGCUGUCCUUGCGUGGCGUAGCCCGUCUCUCACUCUGUGCACGUUGAGAUCAUUUCGGCUAGGCGCAUGCGAGGCGCAUCCCGAUGAUUCCGUCGUGUACAGUACCAGCAGUACGUUAUCAUCACUUGGUCUUGGCAUGCGUCUCGGGCAGGGUACAAGCAGCAACCGUUAGCUUUGCUAUUUGGACGUUUUUGAAGACCGAACGGAAGAUUUUAAUAUAAGCGUUCUUGCCGCAUACGUACGGUGAACGCGGCACGAAUCUGUAAUAGGAUGUGAAGCCUGCGAGGGCUGUGCAUUGUGGAACAUACAGCCUUAGACUAAAUUAGUAACGCCGUCACACACGCAAGGCACAAGCAGUACCUACCUUUAUUUUAUUUUAUUUGAUCGAGCACGGAGGCCGUGAGAGGUGCCGCCAUGCGUUUUACGGUGUUCGGAGCCGAGUGUGUGUGUGUGUCAAAAGGGUCCCUCCGCCUUUGCCUUGUGACUUUCGUGAAGGGUGAGAGGCGGGAUGAGGCCACCCGACUUGCUCUCUCUCUUGGGCGGGAUACUCAGGUGUUGGCGUGUUGCCGUUGGAUGAGGCGUGUGUCCU